GUCAGUAGAGCUAACCUAUCUGCGCUUUGAUUGGCAAAAGAAUUGAAAAGAGUGUAAAAUUCCUUGUUUACAAUCAUGUUAGAGUUUCGUGUCCUUGCUGUUAUUAUUUUUGGAUGUUUUGAGGUUCUACUCGGAGGUUUGGGCUUAGGUUGGCCAAGUUUAGUGUAUAUGCUGAAGCACGAAGGUUUCUUUAUCGAAAAAUGCUCUAGUAACUCGACCAUUCUUGAAGUCAAUUGCAAAGAACGCGAUACGGCCUUUAAUCUCGUAUUCUCCGUAUCAAUGGGAUUAGCAGGAUUUGGAGGACUUUUUUCUGGUUUUAUUCUCGAUAAAUUUGGUUUAUUCUGGUCGAGAAUUAGUCAAUUUCUUCCGCUUUUAUUGUGUUACGGUCUUCUCAGUUCCAGAAUAGUCAACGGCUCCCUUCUCUUUAUAAGCAUCAUUUCGUUGAAUUUCUCUAAUAUACAAAUUUUGAACAAUUCUACCGUUUUGGCUAAUCUCGUUCCACAAUAUAAAAGUAUAAUAAUUUCAAUAUUCUCUUGUAUGUUCAACACGUCGAUUGCGGUUGCGGACGUAAUAAAGAUUAUCUACGAAAGAGGAAUUGAAAUGUACAAGAUAUUUUUGUUUCUUUCCGGUAUUACGGUUAUCCAAUUAACGGCAAGCGGACUUUUGAUGCCUUACAAUAAACCUUUGGAUGAAAAUUUUGAAACUUUAAUUGAAAAGUUUCAGAAGAAAAAGGACAGUGUUCCAGAUUUGGCGAUAGGUAUGCGUCAAGCGUGCCAAUCUACUCUGGAGAUAGUUUCAGUAACUGCCGUGAAGAAAGAUAAAUUUUUGGAUUUUAGAAACUUUUUACAACAUUUCAAGAAACAAAAGAAGAAAUUAAGAGAAACUUUAAGCAAUAAAUUAUAUUUACUUACAGUCAUGUUCGAAGCUGUAAAUCAUUUGAAUGUAAUCUAUUAUAUAAGCUCUUUGAACUCGGUUAUUGAAGAUAUGGCAGAUAACAAUUCAGAAUUAGUUAGCUGGCAUAUAUCACUCUUCUCCUAUAUUCAAUACGCUAAUGUAAUAGUUGCCUUGUUCAUUGGAUGGAUUAUAGAAAAAGCCGACAAAUCGAACAAUAGAUUCGCUUUUUCGUUGAUGACACUCGUCUGCAUAAUUUCUGGAUCUUCAAUUGUAUUAAUUGUAACAAUUAAGGUACUAAACCUGCAGGUUGUCGGAUAUUUUGGUUUUCUUUUAGCGCGUAUAUUGACCUAUUCAUUGCCACCAGUUAUCUUCCUUAGAUGGUUGGACAAUGAACAUUUUGGUAUGGCUAUGGGCUCUUGUCAAGUUAUACUGAGUGCCUUCGGUCUGAUGGCUAAUCCCUUGUAUCGGCUCAACGUCGAAGUAUUUCGAAAGAAUAACUUUUAUAAAAUAGUUAAGGUUAUUCCAAGCGAUCAGCAACAUCUAGAAUGGUUAAAGGAUGUUUACAAACAGGAAAAGGUUGAUUUCCUAAUUGAACCUUCGGUUAAAGGUGUCCCAUGCGAAGUUCUGUUGUCGCCUCAACAACAAAUUCCCUUCGAAAGAAGCUUGAACACUUUCAACUUUCAGUACGAAGAAUCUAAUGCAGAUGUUGAAAGCGACCUCCAGACUCUUUGGUCUCGUUUGGAUAAUAAUAAAAAUUUUAAUUUGGACGAUUUCAACGACUUUGACACAAUUAUGGACGGUUUAGAUGAAAUGCAGUCCAGAUGUCCAAAUGGUGCUUCUUGUAGUAUUAGAAGCAUUGGUAAUUCGCAUGAAGGAAGGCUGCAAAAAGUUUUCGAGUUGACCAAAGAAGGCAAUGGUAGAAAAAUUAUCUGGAUUGAUUCUGCUAUUCAUGCUCGUGAAUGGCUCUCUGCCGCAACUGUUCUCAAUAUUUUAAAUACCUUGAUUGAACAAAGCGAUCAAGAUGCUAUUAACUUGUUCAACAAAUACGACUUUUACUUUCUUCCAGUUGUAAAUCCUGAUGGGUACCAAUAUACUUUCGACUAUGAUAGAUUCUGGAGAAAAAAUCGUCGCCAAAAUCCUGGAGGAUGCUUCGGAAUAGAUUUAAAUAGAAAUUACGAUAGUAGAUGGGGUACCGAUGGCGUCUCCACCAACCCUUGUUCCCAAACUUACCCUGGAGCUUCUGUAGCCUCCGAGAGGGAAACCGUUAAUGUUCAGAAUGAAGCUCUAAGAAUUGGUUCAAAUACUUUAGCUUGGAUCACAACUCAUACAUUUGGACAGAUGGUCUUAACUCCAUUUUCAUAUACCGAAGAUGGAAUUUGCUACAGAUCCGACGAUUAUGCUGAAUUGAAAAGGUCAGCUGACGCCUUUGCUAACGGAAUUGAGGAAGUCUACGGAACAAGUUGGGUUAGAGGAUCGUUUUGCGAAGUUCUAUAUCCUGGAUCUGGUACCCUUGUAGACUACGUUAAGGAAAAAGCAGGUGUAAAAUAUUCCUACACACCAGAGUUGAGGGGUCCCGGUUUUGAUCCAUCUAGAGAUCAAAUUCAACCAAGUUAUAAUGAAUUUUGGAAUGGCUUCAAGAAACUGAUUGCUGAAAUCGAAGCAAUUGAAGGACUUAAUUGA